AUGGGUCCAGGCAACAAGUCCCCCAUCGGUGCUGCGCUUAACCAGUUCUUAGGAGGACUUCCCAUUCCGCUCUUCAGUGGCGGUUCUGAGGACUGUCUCUUUCUGGACCUGUACGUUCCUGGCAGGACACUCCGCGACCUUUCCGAUGCUUCAAAGAAACCUUCGCCCCUCCCAGUAGCGUUCUGGAUUCAUGGCGGCGCCUAUCUCUUUGGAUCAAAAGAGUCUCUCCAACCAUUCUUUUACGAUGGUAGCUCUCUCCUCACUCAAUCGGUCCCAUCUCCCGGCUCUAUGAUCUUUGUAUCAAUCAACUACCGCCUCGGCACUUAUGGCUGGCUCGCCGGCACAUCGAUGGAAAAUUCUGCGGUUCCAAACGUCGGAUUGCAUGACCAGCGAGCGGCCCUCCAAUGGGUUAAAGAUUACAUUUUACUGGUGGGUGGUGACCCAAAGCGCGUAACAGCGAUGGGGGAGUCUGCAGGAGCGGGUUCGAUCAUGCACCACCUAGUGGCCGAGGGCGGCAAGCUCGAUCCUAUGUUCCAAAGGGCCAUCUUGCAGAGUCCAGCGUAUCAAAUGGCCUGGGAUCGGAAUGGGACUGUAGAUGCCAUCUUCAAGAAGUUUGGAGGGUUGGCAGGGUGCAGUUCUAGCUCUGGGGAAGCAGUGGUGAAUUGCCUCCGAAAGACCUCGCCCGAUGCGCUUGCAAAAGCCAACGCCGCGCUCCAAGCCUCGCAAAUGCCUGGAACAUUUGCCGUGGGACCGACGCCCGAUGGAAAAUUUAUUCGUCAGAUGCCGCUCCUGGAACUCGCUCAGGGAAACUUUUGGAAAGGACAGUCGGGGAGCGAAAUGAGCUUGUUGAUAUCGCACGUCAAGGACGAGUCCAGUCUCUUCGUCAGUGGUGCCAUCAGGACGAAUGAACAGUUUUCCGGCUUCCUCGACACCGUCUUUCCAAACUACACGAGGGAAAGCGGGCAUACUGAGAAGGUCGAACAGUUCUAUCCGGUGCCGGGCAAGAAGAGCGCCGAUGGGAAGAGGAAGUACGACAGCCAGGCGACAAGGAUGGCGGCGUUUCUAAGGGACAGUUGCUUUACGUGCAACGUGAGAUCAGAAGCCUACACCCCAUCGCGAACCUACCUGAUGCAAUACUCCGUCUUCCCCUACCUACACGCCACCGACCUUCUUCCCACUUUCUUCACCUCCACGCCCACGCCCUCCUCCUCCUCCUCCUCACCACAAACCAUCCUCGACUGCCUCUCGACUUUCUUCGCUCCUGCCCUUGCGCCCUUCGUCUCCGGCAUCAGCAUGGCCAUGCAAAGCUACUUUGCCUCGUUUAUUGUUAGUGGCGACCCAAACACGUACCGCAAGGGACUGCUGAACCUGCCGCCGGUGAUCAGCUGGGGAAAGCCUUCGGGUAUUGCUACUGCUGGGUCAAAAGCAGCUAGUAGUGAGGAGAGGAUGGGAGGGGUGUUGAAUGUGGGUGAUUGGGGGUUUACUACGGUUCGUGACGAUCAGAAUGAGAAGACGCCUUGUGAGUUUUGGAAGGGGUUUGCAAGGGACGUGAGUGAGGUCGGAGGGUAUGAACUUUGAGAUGAUGAUGAAGCAAGGGAAAGCUUUGAGUAAAAGUUAAAUGGGGGGUCGUAUACGAAGUGGUCUACUGUCUGACAUGAGGUUGCACAGUCACAUGCUGCUAUUUCAAGAUGUACUUAAUGUUUAAUCCACCCAUCACUGUUCCGAGUUG